UACUCACUGUCUGUGUGUUUCAAAUCUCUUAGACCUGUAUUCUUCACCAUCUUAGUUUUUUGACUGUUAAUACCUUCAUUUCUGGAGGAACCUGAAAUAAAGCUUACAAUUCAAAAUAACAGUAGAAUUUGUUGCUAAAAAAGAGAGGGAGGGAGAGAAAGAGAGAAAGAGAAAGACAGAGAUAGAGAGAAAGAGAAAGAAAGAGGAAGACAGUAGAAAUAUUUAAUUGAAGCUAAUCACAACAAAAAAAACAAAAUACAUUUUCAACACAUAAUAUAGUGAGAACAUACAUGUAAUAUUUUUUUAUUCUUGUGUUUGUGUUCAUUUGAUUUUGGUGUUUUUAUUAAAAUAAAUUAGUCCUUAAAGCUCUCAAAUCAAGUAAGGUUGAUUUGAUCAACAUAAUUAAAGUGUAUUAAACACAGGAACAACAAAAAAGGAAAUUCGGUUCUAAAGAAAUAAAAAAACACAUCUUUCAGAAGCCACUCUUUUUUAAGCUCAACUGCAUCGUCAUUGAUACAGUCAACUGUCUCCCUCUUUAACUAUCUUCAUCAUUCUCUCUUUUUUUAUCCUCUCCUUGUUAUAUUUUCUCUCCUGUUUUUGUUUUGUGGUGGUGUAAGUUAAAGGCCAAUCAUCAAAAGUCUAAUCAACCUUCAGUGAUGUCAACUCCAGCCAGAAGAAGAUUAAUGAGAGAUUUUAAAAGGCUCCAGGAAGAUCCUCCUGCUGGUGUUUCUGGUGCACCCACAGACAAUAAUAUUAUGAUCUGGAAUGCUGUUAUAUUCGGGCCUCAUGACACCCCAUUUGAAGAUGGAACUUUCAAGCUGACCCUUGAAUUCACGGAAGAGUAUCCCAAUAAGCCACCAACUGUGCGCUUUGUGUCCAAAAUGUUUCAUCCUAAUGUCUAUGCUGAUGGAAGUAUAUGUUUAGAUAUUCUACAAAAUCGAUGGUCACCAACUUAUGACGUUUCAGCCAUUUUGACCUCUAUUCAAUCGCUCUUAGAUGAACCUAAUCCUAACUCACCUGCAAACUCAUUGGCAGCCCAAUUGUAUCAAGAGAACCGUAGGGAAUAUGAGAAAAGAGUAGCGGCCAUAGUUGAACAAAGUUGGCUUAAUUUCAAUGAGGAGGAAGAGAAAGAGUCAAAAAAGGCAAACCCAUCGCCAUCAUCGCCUGAUAAUUCUUAGGAAAUACCAUAGAAUAAAGCUGCUAGUUUUGAAUUAUCAAAUACAACAUAACGAUGGAGUGAGGCAAACAAAAAGAUAAAAUAUUAAAAAACACAUAUAAUACAUCACACUACGCAUACCCUACCAAAUUCAUACAAAAAACACCGAAAAUAAAAUGUAAAUCAAACAACCCAUCAAAUCAAGCGUUGAUUUGAAAACAAAAAACGAAAAAAAACUUACCAAAUAAACAGCCAGCAAUCAUCCAAAACGGAGAUUCACCAUCUACUCUCAUCUUAAAAGCAGCAUCAAUCGAAGGGAAUUAUUAAUCAACUACCAACCAAACAAAGAUUGACUAUUUUGUUCUCUCCUUCUUUUCCUUCUCUUCAUCUUUCAUUUUUUUUCCUUGACCUUACCUUUUCUCUCCUAAACCUUCACCUUCACUUUAUUUCAUCUAAUCUGCUAAACUUUUUUCCUUUCUGUUCUUUGAACUGUUCGAAUUGCUUCCCUUCUAAUCUCUCCCAUAUGUUCCUGAUCUGCUCAGGUAUCUUCUUCCUGCAUCAUGAUCAUUUUUUUUUCUUUCAUGUAAAAAUAACGAAAAUGAGAGAAAUUCUUAAAAGAUUAUCAUAAAACAAAA